AUGUAUCACGAUCCCUCCGCGCGUUCCCCUGGUUCCCAGCGGCAUCAACAACCUCUACACCGUCAACCUUCUAGACAGUUUGACGCCUACGGUCCCAUGCCCGUCAACCUGUACGAGGAUCAGAUGGCCCGAUACGAGUCCGCAAGGCUGGAGCGGUUGAACCCUCCCAUGCAGCAGCAAAACAACAACUCCUACUCGUAUGAUCUCUCGGGUUCGCAGACUUGGAAUCCAAAUGGCUUUGCCAACCCCCAGAGUUUGGCUGGAAUCCGUUCUGCUUCCGCCAGCUUGAAACCGGCUGCCCGAGGACGCACCGGUUUGCCUACUACCUGGCUUGAUCAGCAACCGGGAAUGCCAAAUGCAUUUUCAAACCUAGGCCCCGGUCCCAUCCAAAGCACUGCAAUGCGCCCGGAAGCUUCGGCUUCAUCGGACGGCGAUGACGAACUGAUCCCAACCGCGAUCGUCAUCAAGAAUAUCCCAUUUGCUGUGAAGAAGGAGCAGCUAGUGCAGCUGAUGACGGAGUUGAACUUGCCGCUCCCAUACGCCUUCAACUACCACUUCGACAACGGAGUCUUUCGCGGUCUGGCUUUUGCCAACUUCACAUCUGCAGAGGAAACGGCUACCGUGAUUGAAAUGCUCAACCAUUUUGAGCUUCAGGGCCGGAAACUGCGGGUGGAAUAUAAGAAGAUGCUGCCCCUGCAAGAGCGGGAACGGAUCGAACGGGAGAAGCGAGAGCGUCGCGGUCAGCUCGAAGAGCAGCACCGACCUAUGCCUUCUGGACAACUACACACUCAGAGCUCUAUGACAUCUCUGAACUCGCAUAUUCCAGCAAGCUCGCCCUCUCCAGUGUCACAACGUGGCCAGAAACUCGAUGUGAACUUGAACGACACCCAGACCCUUCACUACUACUCUCAGCUCCUUCUCUUCAAGGAAGACACCGCCCGCGAUUCCGUCAUGUUCCCCUCCAAUCUGACCCCGACCCAGCGACGCACGGUUCACACUCUGGCGCACAACAUGGGGUUGGCCCAUGCCUCCCGUGGAAGCGGGGAUCAACGCCAGGUCCAGGUUUUUAAAGUCGCUGCCGGCAGUAAUGUGAGCCCACCUUUGCAGCCUAUUCCCCCAGCGGGACAGUCCGAUAGCUCUCGCCGAGGAUUGAACCGUGCUGCCACCAUUGACUUUAGUGAGGCUCGUAAUGAAGGUGGUGCUGGUGCUUUUAACACUCUACGUGGGCAGACCUCCGGCUUCCUCGGUGUUUUGGACUCGCCGGGCAACUUUAACAACCCCCAGAACCUCCGUGCCGCCAAGUCUUUCGCCGACUUGCGUUCUUAUACCCCAUCCCCCGUUCCUUCCUCCGCUAGCUUCCCAGCCGCUCUGCAGUCCAACGGGACUCGCCUACAGUACGAAGGUGCGCCCACCGGCGCAUCCAACACCCCUACCUUGACCUCCGCGCCUUCCGGUUCCUCUCUGGGUAUGCAGCGUGAUGAUAAUCUACUGGUCAACAGUCUGGGUGGCCUUUCUCUGGGUACAGGCAUCGGUGGGCCUAACUCAAGCCCCCGACGAUUGCGUGGUAUGUUCUCCUGGGAGCAGGACAGCCAGCCCUCGUCCGCAGGUGCCAUUGGCAGCAACCGUGGAAUGGGAGUGGGAUUUGACACCGCUCAGCAGGAGCGCAUGCCGAUUCGCCAACCGCGUGGCCCGACGCCCGACAAGGGCCCCGGUUUCCGGCGCCAAAACGGACACCAGGCUCGCGGCAGUGACGAGCUUCGCUCUACUUCCGGCGUCGAAAUCAUUGUGGAGUAG